UAAGCAAUUUCGACUUCCGGGUCUUUCGAGGCAGUGUUUACAUUCACGUCUCAUAACUAACUGGUUAGCCACCCGCCCUGGUCUGGUCUGUCUGCCAGGUUGGAAAAAAUUGUAAUGCCAGACGAGACAUGAAAGUAAUGGCACCAUGUUACAACUGUAAUGAAUGAUAAAGGAGACGUGCAUUUGUCCCAUACAGAAUGGAAAUGAGAGAAACAGCCAAGAUUGCUCUGAAGAAGUAUGACACUGGGGACCUAUUUUCCUUUUUGCCCGCCAUGCCAAAAGCGUCAGUACUCAUUCCAGUGUUCGUAAGAGGAGGAGAGUUGCACGUAUUAAUGACUUUGCGUUCACCUCAUCUAAAUAGCAAUGCUGGAGAGGUUUGUUUCCCUGGGGGGAAGUCUGAUCCCGAGGACAAAGAUGAGGUGGACACAGCCCUGCGGGAAGCCAAGGAGGAGAUAGGCCUUCCUCCUGAACAGGUGGAGGUGGUCUGUAAGCUCUUCCCCAUCAUUAACAAGAGAGGUCUGUUGGUCACACCAGUGGUGGCCUUCAUUGACGAGUCAUUUGUGGCCCAGCCAAACCCUGCUGAAGUGAGUGAGGUGUUCACCGUGCCUCUUGACUUCUUCAGGCUGGAGGCAGCCCACUCGUUGUACCCAGUUCAAGGCAUGACGGCACCUCUCCACAGCUUCCUCUACCCAGACCCUACCUCAGGAAAGCAGCAGCAGAUCUGGGGGCUUACAGCAAUGAUCGCCAUCAUUGUGUCUGUCCUGGCGACUCAGAAGAAGCCUGAGUUUAAUGUUGGUUUUAACCUGGAUAAUCCGUUACCAUUUUUCCAACACAAUAUAGAUAACUGUAUAAGCAAACUGUGAUGGUCAUUCUGAGACGUCUGUAGUCAAGUCAAGUCAAAGUGUUUAUUGUCGCAUGCACCAACUUGCUUCAGCGCAGCGAAAUUCUUAAGACUUGGCCAGCAACAUCUAAGCAGUAGACGGCAUACAGAUAACAAAAUAACAUAUACCAAAAAUAACAUAUAACACUAUAACAUAUAACAUUAACAAGUAACAACAAUUUUAAAAUACAAGAAGGGCUAGCAGCAGUUUAAAGGGUGAAGAAGUGAGGAAUGUUAAAUUAAAUAAAAAAUGUGUGCAAAUAUAUGUAGUAAGUGUAGUUGUAUGAGUGGGGGAGCAGAAAGUACAUUUUGAUGACGACUGUUCAGUGGGUCAAUGUUGCUGAUUCAGAAGCCUUACGGCCUGGGGGGGAAAGCUGUUUGUGAGUCUGGUUGUCCGUGCUCGGAUGCUCCGGUAACGUCUACCAGACGGCAGCAGUUUGAGUAUUCCAUAGCCUGGGUGUAUCAUACUAUUUGUAAAUAAAAUUAUUUUAC